GUCCUACAUCCAACACACGCGGAGUAGACAUGUUCUACCGAGACGAGUUCAAGAAUUGUGAGACCGACGUCCAACUGCACGGGAAAGUGGCCCUAGUGACUGGAGCAACUUCAGGAACAGGUCUGGAGGUGGCCAAGAACUUAGCCAAACGCGGCGCCAGAGUCAUCAUAGCCAGCCGAAACCCAGCCAAGCUACAAGAUGCCAAAGACACCAUCAUCAAAUCAUCGGGAAACAACAACAUCACAACAAGACAAAUGGAUUUCGAAUCUCUGGCGUCAAUCAGGAAUUUCGUACAAGAAACUGUAUCUACAGAACCCAGAUUGGACAUACUGAUCAACAAUAUCGGAAGCAUUGGCCUGGACGACAGACUCACUCAAGACAAUCUGCAAUUGAUGAUGCAAGUAAAUUAUUUUGGAACCUUUCUUCUGACGUUUCUCUUGUUUCCUCUGCUGAAGGCAUCAGCUCCGAGCAGAGUAGUCAAUGUAUCUUCCUUGGCACUAAUAUUGGGAGAUAUUAACCUUGAACACAUGAAUGAUGUUGGACGAUACUCCAAUUUCGGAUUCUACUGCAACGCUAAAUUAGCUGAUGUGCUAUUCACAGUUGAAAUGGACAAGAGAAUCAGAGGUUCUGGAGUUAACGUCUACAGUAUGGACCCUGGCUUAGGAAAAUCUCAGUUCUUUAGAAACUUCGACAACGAAUUUAUAAAGAAUUUCUUUAACGGUGCAUUACAGAAGUUUGGAAGACCGUUAAACAGGGUAGCGACGAUGCCAGUAUACCUGGCAGUGGAUCCAAAGUUAGAGACUGAAAGUGGAAAACAUUUCAGAGACUGUGCCGAGUUUUAUAGCACAUGGUUAGCGAAUGAUACUGUGUUAACAAGUAGACUGUGGGACGAAUCGAAAAGACUUGUGAAAAUUAAUAAUAACGAAGAUUGGGAACGUAAUUCGUGAUACAAAAAUGUGCAUUCACGUAACUAACAUUCUUUGUGGGUAUUUAAAUUGCUAAUUUAAUUUAGUCUGCGUUCCGGAUCAGCGAUGGUGGUUAUUAAUAUGUUUUGUUAUCGAAUAAAAGUUGAUAUGAA